AUGGCGGCCAAACCAGACCGCCCGCCCAACGAGGACAUGAACUCCGCCAGCUCCUUGUCAAGUCUCUCCCUAUCGUCCAUGGACUCCGACAGGCAUUACACCUCUCCAUCUCCGCCUCCCGACAGCCGCAGACCGAUGAUGUUCCACCCGGACUACCGCUACCUUCCUCGUAACCUGGAAGACUGGCUUGUGGCGAAGGUAGAGAAGCUGGAGAAUGACGCCACCAGUGUUCCUACUGACGCACGAUCGAUGGUGGACUUCUUCAGAGAUAUCCAGCACGUCUACUCGUCUGGUGAAACGCAGAGAAGUUGGCAUUCCUUUCUCGUCACAUUUAUGUGGAGCCAUCACUUCGAUCGGCAGGUUCGACGGACGGACAAGGAGGAUAUGCGCAUGUUGCUAGUUACCUACAUCAGGGGGUUCAUCGGUCCGGGCGAUGGUGUUCGUGAGCUGUACUUCCUAACGCACUUGGCGUUUGUGCUGAGGAACAUGACCAAGUUGAUCGCGGAGAUCUAUUCGGAGAUGUACAAGAUACUGGAGAAGAACGAGAUGACUAGGCCGGAAGCUUGGACAGGUUUGGACGACUACGUUGUGGUUGCGCAGCAGGGUGAUCAAGCGCAGACGAACGGUGGAGUUCGGACGGAUGCUCAUGCACAGUCGGACUCUGAGAUGCAUGCCGACCACGAGACGCAGCGAUAUGGACCGACCGACCAAGCUGUUUUUAUCCAGCAGUCGUUCCAGGCUCGCCAAGACGUUACAAGUCAACGAUCCGUCCAACCGCAGCAACUUCCAGCAGAACAGCGGUACGGAGAAAAUUUUGCACUGGCUCAGAACGUUUCGAACAAACCCAGCGGCACGCAGCACUCCAACAGCACGUCCAAGGCCAACACUACGCCAACACCGCAGCAGCUUCGAGCACCGCAGAACCCUCAGACGCCUCAAAAUCAACGGUCUCAAAAGCAGCAAGACGUUACGCCUUCGACGCAGCAAGUCGCUUCUCCCAACGGUUUCCACGACGGCGAAGGUGACAUCCUCUCCGUCGGCUGUCCCAAGGCUGCUACGGAUGCGGAGAAGGCGUGGUGGAGGUGGCAGAGCUUCCAGUUUUCUCUGCAGGCACUGCAAGCGCGCAAGGCUCAGAUACAGGCUAGUCUCAGUCCUUAG